UGGCGCUGCCCGCCCCUGGGGGGCAGCAGCAGCUCCAGGGGCGCCGACUCCGAGGCCAGCGGCUGCCUGCUGACUGCACGUUAUCUCGUGCUGAAAGUGACAGGGGACCCUCCCCAGGCGCCAGGCCACACUGCUGAGCAGACAGAGGCACAGGCACAGAACCUCUGCGGGGACAGUCGAGCGACGUCAGAAGGCCGCCCCUCCCUGGAUCUCCGGAAAACCCACUCAGACAGGCACGGCAAGAAUGGCCAGGAGCCUGAGUCCAGUGCGGACCCCCACCCGCGGCAUUCCGGGCGCUGUCCAAGCCCCACAGGCUCCUGCCUGAAGAUCACCGCGGUGAGCCGCCGCCGGAGGUUCGUGCGCAUCCUUAACCAGUCGCUGGAGGAGACGGCCGACCUGGGUGGCUUCGUGCUGCAGCAGCUGGUGCGCGACUUCCCUGUGUGCAUGUACCGCUUCCCGCCCAGCACGCUGCUGGAGCCAAGGCACCACAUCACGGUGUGGGGCGAGGCGCCCGGCAGCACCAAGCGGCAGCCACCCUCCUCCUUGGGCCAGGAGCCCGUCCACUUGCACUCCAGCCGGGGCUGCGUGACCCUCCUCCUGAACCCCCAAGGCGAGGUCCUCAGCGAGCACCAGGCCGCGCACUGCGUGACCCCCGUGUGCAGGAUCUUUGCCGACAACACCGACUUGUCCAUCGACCGUUUCCCGCUCUCAGAGGCCCGGCCCGGUGCCGACCUCGCGGAACAGCAGCCCCUGCCUCGACCCCCGCGCAAGGGUCGGGUGCAGGAGGCCCGGGCCGGGCGCCGGAGGCCGGGGACGCGGGUCCAGUUGCCCCGCCUGAGCACCAGAAAGCUCCAACGCCAGCGAGAGGAGCCAGCGCGGCCCGAGGGCGCCGCCGAGACCCUCCCAGAGCUCCUGCCCGCCAGCCGCAUCCCCAUCCCUGAGGCCGGGCUGCGCGUCGAGGACUGCCAGGCUAGGAAGGAACACAAGCUCCGGGUGCGCCGGAAGAGCGUGGACCGCGGCUGUCCGAUGGUGGCGCUGUCGGUGCAGAGCACGGCCGAGAGCAGGUUCGGCUUCCGCUUCCUCAGCUGCCCGCCCAUCACCGCGGACUCGCGCUGGCAGGUGUAGGGCCAGGCAAGGGCGGCGGCACCGUCGCCUGUGCUCCCGCGUCUCCACGACUGUGGCUGCGGGGCGGGGCGGGGAGAAAGCGCCGGAGGCAGGCGGUGCCAGCUGUAUAGUUUAUUGAACCAACGCCGCCUACCAAGUAAACCGCGUUUC